CAUUCUUCGGAUAUGGCCAUCAAUGCUAGCAUUCUGCCUUUUCAUCCGCUUCAUAUAUAAUCACUUGGGAGACGGUCCGAUGUGGUCGUACGACGGAGUAUUUGGAACCAUUUGUACAUCUAAAGAUGUAAACGCUCACCUUUUGUUCCUUUCCAACUGGUAUCCUUCCAACUGUAUGCCGUGGCUUUGGUAUACAGCGGUCGAUUUCCAGUUAUAUCUCGCAUCUCCAAUAAUCUUAAUCCUUCUCUGGCGUUGUUCACGAUUUGCUCUUGCGACCAGCAUCUCACUAGUAAUAGCAUCAGUCGUUUACAUGAUCGUCAUCUACGCAUCUUACUCACUCCCCACUAAUAUCUUUGCUGAUGUCUUGAAUGAGAAAAGCCUCGAGUCUGCUUCGACCUCAUUUCGUCUUAUCUAUGCAUCACCGUUUGCCAGGUGUGCUCCUUUCAUCAUCGGAAUUCUGACCGGAUGGAAUGUGUUUGUUAGAAUCGAAAAUCCCCCAAGCGUUUGGACUUGCACUUUUCUCAAAGUCUUAGUCGCUUUGCUAUUUUACUUUGCUAUAUUUGCGCCUUCCUGUGAACAGGGACUACUUUCAUAUGUGCAUGCGGUCCUUCACAGACCUGUGUGGUCAGUAGCUCUUGCCAUUCUCGUCUGGCUCUGUGAAAAUGGUCUAGCUCAAGAGAUAUCCUAUGCUCUUUCGAGUCGCCAUUUCUUGCUACUCACGCGGUUAUCAUUUGGUGUAUUCCUCGCUCACGAACCAAUACUGCUGUUCUUUAUAUGGACAUCAAGACAGCCGCAUUCUCCUCAUUCUCUCGCCUAUUUUGCGGCUAUGACGAUAACCACAUUCGUGCUGUCGCUUUUGAUAUCGCUACUAAUUGCGAUCCUUAUUGAAAUACCCAUUCUGUCCAUGGAGAAAAAGUUGUUCAAGACUGCUAAUCAGCGCCUGGAAGAUAACGUCCCAGAGCCACAAGAAGAGUACACGCCGUUAAGACAGUAUUAUCACUACAAUGAGGGGAAUCUUGCCACAAAGGAGCUAAGUUUUUAUGAAAAAACUACCUCAUGGUUGCGUGCACCUGAGUUUGAAAGGACAAUGCAUGGUAGCAGAGAGCCAACUGUAAUGGAAUGCGCGUCGAGCUUUUCUAUGGAUUCAUUGGUCUUUUGCAAGACUGCUGAACACCUUGAUGAAUGGAGCCGAGAGGAAUCGCUUGCUGAGAAAUUUGAGAAGAAAGCAGAAGAAUCUCUCUUGAAGCAAAAACCUUUGGAUAUAGAGCAGUGGGAGAGAUCGCUCUACAGCAGUUGUUGA